AUGGCCGAGAGCGAGCUUGCCCCCAAGUUCGCCCCGUUCUUUUCCUUUGCCGGCAUUGCUGCUGCUAUGAUCUUCGGGUACUCUGGGACAUCCGGACAAACAGCUUACAAUUUCACAGCGGCAGGAGCAGCUUAUGGCACAGCGAAGUCAGGCAUCGGUAUUGCCGGUGUGGGAACCUUCCGAUCUGAUCUGAUUAUGAAGUCCCUUAUCCCUGUCGUCAUGUCCGGUAUUAUCGCAGUUUACGGUCUUGUUAUCGCAGUUCUCAUUGCGCAAGCGGUGGGCCCAACCACCAACAUGAGCUUGUAUACAGGCUUCAUGCACUUGGCUGCAGGAAUGUCCGUUGGUCUUACAGGUGUGGCUGCUGGGUAUACAAUCGGAGUUGUGGGAGAUGCGGGUGUUCGGGCAUACAUGCAACAAUCCCGAGUCUAUGUUGGAAUGAUUUUGAUUUUGAUUUUCGGAGAAGUCCUUGGUCUUUAUGGUCUUGAGUAUCUUGAGUACGCGCUGUCCUACACCUACAACUACCACACGGCCAACACUAUACCUCCAUCGCAACCACAAAUUAAUCCAGUCGCAGAUAUGGAUGAAAGAGUAUAA